GGCCAAUCAUAUGCGCGUUCUGUGGGUCAUAACCAGACCACUUGAACUACGUCCAACACCAUUUCGUUGGACACGUUCGCUGGUUCACGUGGACUAAAUAAAGCUCUAUUUUGACCGUUUUAAAACCUUUUUUGAAAUAGUUAAAAAAAACUGUUUCCUAAAGCUUAACGGACUUACAAAAUGCCUUCAUUGGAGAGCUGUUCUCGCGGUGCUUUAGCUGCAACACCCGAUCCAGCGACGUUCUAUCGAAGAAAAUAUUUUUGCGCGAGUCCAGCGGGCGGAGGUAAAGGAAAACGCCAUCCAGGCAAAGCUAUUCUCGCAGGUAAGAACUGGCUAUAAAUGACGAGUGAUUCCUUUUACAGACUAUUGUUCUAUAUUGACGUCUUAGGAGCUAAAUAUUUGUAUAUUUUUUGCCUUUCUCUUCGGCCUAAAUAUCGAUAAAAUAUUGUAGCGCGCGAUACUACGUGUCGUGGUUUAUCAUAGCGGAAUUUCGUACACUUCGAUCGUAAGCGAUGCGUAAUGUCAUCUUAACUUUAAAACCCAAGAGUGAAUUAUUUAGAUCGUGAACUUAUCUUGGAUAUUAAAAAAUGUCACACAAUGAUUCAGCUUUCUCGUUUGUAAUAAAAUCCACGUCGUUUGCCCGAUUGAGUACAAAGGUCAGUUUUGUCAACAAUAUUGUGGCCGGGCGAGUAUGAAUCACGUCGAUAGAAUUCUUGUUUACAAAGCCAUACUAUUUCGAGAAGAAAUGUUAGAUUAGCUAUUUAGAGUUUAUGAGAACAGGAUAAGAUUCAGAAGAUUUUAAACUGAUCUUUUCACGUGGCGUGAUUCUGUUUGAGCAAUUAGUGUACGAACUCCUCUUGUUCUGCUGAGAAGCCUUCGAACGCUCUCUCUACGAUUGACAGUACUGUAAGAUUUCUCGAUCGAUGUUUGAACUUAUUUUUCUUCUACCCUUUGAAUGAAACUAACAUUUUAAAGCUUCAAUACUAAAUCUGCUGUCUUCAAGAACUCUAGUUUUCUCAUUUUGCAUGAUGAAAUCCAGUGAAUUCCCUAGUGGGAGUAUUGGGGGUGUGUCAUGUACGUUUCCCAAUAUUUUGUUCUCGCGUGACUGGCGAUGUUUCUCUUGUUAGGAAAAAGAAACCUGAACCCUAUUAGUCAGCAAUAGUCAGGAUAUUUGAUAUCCACACAUACAACCAAUCAGAAUUAACUGUGUUUUCUACGUAAAUCAUUUUUGUUCCCUUUUAUGCCUCAUUGACAAAAGGCCAGUCAAGGUCAUCAGUUGGUAAUUGCAUACAGAUAAAAAUUGUUAUCACUGAUUGGCUGCUACAAGAUUUUCUUGCAAUGACCAGGCAUUAUGAACAUUUUUCUUGGCAUCUUUCCUUUUGAGUUGUGAAUAAAAGCUUUGUAAAAGCUUAACAUACAAAUAAUGUAGUAAAGACAAAAAUUCAUUGUGAAAGAAACUUUGUCUUUUGGUUUUGAUUGCAUUGCCAGGUGACCUCUUCUGCACAAAAGUGGAUGUUGAAAAUUACUAAGUUCUACUCUCAUUGUAGUCUUAUAAAUAACUUAUUAACUUCUUCUGUUCAGUGAUUACAGGGUAAUCUCAGACAUUGGCCUUGAUUUAUUGACUUCGCUAUCUCACUAUCGUGCGGUCAAUACUGGCAUUUCAGGCAACAAGGAUUAACCCUUUAGGCCCCAAGAGAGACCAACAUCAAUUUUCUCCUAACAACAUUAGCAGAUCAUCAAAAGUAAACAUUAUGAGAAUUACUCAAUUGAUUAACAAAGGGAAAAUGUUUUACCAAGUUCUCUCAACUAUUCUUUAAAGAAAUGUAUGGAGAUGAGUCUGGAGAAUUUGUAUUCAGAUCUUGGGGCGUAAAGGGUUAUAAGACCAAUUUUCCCUGUAUUCAUAAAAUGCCGACACUGUAUGUUAUUGUCAAACAGGUGGAAUUGCUGGUGGGCUGGAAAUCUGCUGCACCUUUCCCACUGAAUAUGUUAAAACACAAAUACAGCUUGAUGAGCGAGCUGCCAAACCUGUUUACAAGGGUCCUGUUGAUUGUGCCGUUAAAACUGUAAGGGGUCAUGGCUUUUUUGGUCUCUACAGAGGUCUAAGUUCACUUUUGUAUGGCUCAAUACCAAAAGCAUCUGUAAGGUAAGGUGUUAAAAUUUCAUAUUCUUGUUAAAAUAUUUAAUAUUUUAACAAGAAUAUGAAAUUUGGAGGCUGGUAGAAUUACCAGAUUUGUUGAACAAUUAAGUCCCGAGUUAUGAGACAGUGUGCCACAUUUGAUUCUCCCCCUUAACCUUUCUCUCUAGAGAAGCAACCCUUAUAAACAAUGUUGGCAUUCAAGAGCAGUCAAAUAACACUCUAGAAAGACAUAUUUUUCACAGUGAACUUGUAGAAUAAUAUUGCUAAAACAUGCAUGAAUUGCACAGGCCUGUCAUCGUUAUUUUGUCCAACAGUACUUAACAUAUUGGUAAAAAUCCUAGAUGCAAUGAGGUUUUUCAGGCAGGCAUCAUAUUUCAAUAAUAAUGUUUGCGUGGUGAUUACUAGUGAGUUCAGUGCAACCCAAUGACGACGGAAAUGAGAACUUGAUCAAAAGAAAAACUCUGAACGUACAGUACACUUUUUGGCAGGUUUCAAUGCCGUCAUUGCCCGACUAACAUAAUUUGUCAACUUUGACUGAAAUGGCAAUGUGAUCAACACUUAAAUUAAAUCUCAAAGAUUGUCACUUCAUCAAUGAUGAUUGCCACAACUUUGAUUUUGCCACAAAUAUCCAUACAGAGGCUUUACAUUGUACAUGUAAGGCAAAUCGCUCAUCCUUCCUCAUUCUAGCUAUGGUCCUGAAAUCUUUCUGAACAUUUUUUUUCUGCAGAUUUGCGACAUUUGAGUAUCUGAAAAAUAACAUGAUGGAUGAUAAGGGAAAACUUACGCAAAUGCAGACACUAACGUGCGGGUUAGGAGCAGGGGUAAUGGAAGCAGUGGUCAUUGUUUGUCCAAUGGAGACUGUCAAGGUCAAAUUCAUUCACGAUCAGACCCAGCCAAACCCAAAGUAUAAAGGUUUUUUCAGUGGCGUUGGGACAAUAGUAAGACAAGAAGGUAAACUAUCAGUAGAGGUGUAAACCUUUUACAAUAAGUUAUGGUCAUUUGUCUAUAAAUGGAUUCUGAGAUGCCUAGGCUGACUGCUCUAGCAGAGCCCAGUGGCCCCUGGUGCCCAGAUUUGCUCUUGGGCGACUAGGAAAUCAUAGUUUUUCAUACAAAUCACAUGCUGGGCACCCUUCAAUUUUCCUAAGAGCACUUGGCCUUGGGUAGCCUGAAUUUCGUAGGAGAACUUUGAGUCAUUUGCGCUCCCUCAGUAAUGUCUGAAUCAAGCAGCAGUUAAUGCCGUCCAGUGACAUCAAGUAGUGCUACUCCUAUGCUUCAAUUCAUGAAAAAAGUAAAACAUGAUUUUAAACUGGAAAACCAAGAAAUAUCACUGGGAAAUGUCUACAUGAUAGAGAAUUGCUUUACUCUUUUCGAUCAUAAUUCAUGUUUAACGUUCAAACUGUCAACUGCCUGCAGUACUCUGAACCAGUUCUAAUUCAAUAAUCAAACUCCAGAAUCAAACUUGAUCGCAAUCAUGCAAUGAAAUAAAUAUACAUUAAUGGCCGGUGGAUUUAGAUGUUGCUGAGAAGAGAAAAUGACUCAAAGCAAUCAUCUCAAAUUCAGGCUAGGCCUUGGGGGGAAUCAAAAGCAUUAAGUGUCCAUCUUUGGAGAGGUGUCCAUAUUAUUGAGCCCUUCAACCCCCAAUAUCCACAUAAAAAUCUCCCAACUGAUCUGCUUUAUUUCCAUGAAGAAUUUAGUUGUGAUAAUUUGAUAAAUGAUCAAAGCAUUUCCCCUUGAUGUUCAUUUCAUUAUCUCCCAUAUUUCCCUAAUUUCUCCUGAUGAUGUAUUAAAUAAAAUAGUGUUAAGAAAAAUUGACGUUGGUCUCUCUUGGAACUUUCAAGGAUUAAAACAAAGUUCAUUGUCUUCCUGAACCAUAAAAUUUACUACUUCUUAAAACAUGGAUUGUUGCUGUCACAAUUCUUUCCUCCUUUUCUGUCAAUUGUUGGUGCCUUCUGAGAGGAUUGUCGCCAGUUUUCGGGCCAUGUUGCUUGCUGCUUCUACCCCUUUGGAAGGCCUAACUAGCUGAAAAAUAAAAUACACUAAUAUCCAGUAAAAUGUCUCGACAGGGCUUGGUGGAGUGUACAAAGGGUUAACAGCAACCGUCAUAAAACAAGGAACCAAUCAAAUGAUCCGGUUUUUUGUGUACUCCAAUCUGAAGAAUUACCUUCAAGGUGGAGACCCAUCUAAAGACAUUGGUUCCAUACGUACAUUCAUCAUUGGUGGGAUAGCUGGAGCAGCUAGUGUGUUUGGUAACACACCAGUUGAUGUUGUCAAAACAAGAAUGCAGGUAGGUAACAAAAUCCCUCCUAUCCCUUCCCUAUUUUUAUAUGAAAGGGGCGUGGCUACUUGGGUAAGCAGUACCCCUAAUCAGUUGAUUAAGCGUAUUCCAAAUACAAAUACCAGUAAAACUCUCAAAACCACAUUUCUGGCAUUCAAUGCCUUCUAAGAUCUAGAAAUGAAGGUAGAAUAUGUUAUUUCAUUAUUCAUUUUCCUAACUCUACUUGAUGGCCAUUGUAAAGAGUUUUAACAGUACAUUUUUCCUUUUUUCGUAAAGGGUCUUGAAGCACACAAAUACAAGAACACCCUAGACUGUGUGAUGAGAAUCAUACGAAAUGAAGGGCUCAAGGCGUAAGUAAAUUAUUAUAGUUAUUCUUGGUUUAAAUUAUACUUUUUCAACAAUAAAUGUACUACUUACUGUAAUAACUACAAGGCAUAAAAUUUUCUUUAUUAAGGAGGAGCCAAUACCACCUUAGCUUGUAAUAUCGUUAUUUACCUUGUUUACCCACAAAGCUAUUAAGAGUCCUUAAGAACUCGUUUAAAAAUGUCCCUGCAUUCGAGAUCGAAAUGGAAUUUGGAAGUGUUGGUUUUUAAGGAGAGGGGAAAAUCAGAGUACCUGGAGAAAAACCUCUCGGUGCAAAGGAGAGAACCAACAACAAACUCAACCAACAUGUGGCAUCGACACCGGGAUUUGAACCUGGGUCACAUUAGUGGGAGGCAAGUGUGCCACCACUGCACCUGACUCUACCCAGUUGUCUUCACGUAAUGCGUGCAGCAGGAGCAGGGGGUGGUGGGAAGGAAAAAGGGAGGAAGUCCUCUCUCUCCUUUGCUUUCCUGCUUCCCAUCACACCCCUCGCACCACUAAGGAGAGACGGAGAGGGAUGACUGGGGACAAGUCAGCCACUGCACCACCCUUGCACCAAUUCUGAUGAGUGGAAAAUGAAAAUUAAAAAUAAGUCAAGGUGAAGAAGGGGUAUAUCUAUAACCACAUGACAAAAUAAAAGAACAAAACCCAACAGGAACCGUCUCUUCAGCACCAAGAAAUACCCAUUUAGGAAACAUUUUGAAUAAAAAUGUCUACAUUUACAUUUCUUUCCACAGAUUUUACAAGGGAACAGUGCCCCGGCUUGGCAGAGUUUGUUUUGAUGUGGCCUUUGUGUUCACUUUCUAUGAAAAUGUCAUGAAGCUAUUGGACUAUGUUUGGGAAACCAAUUAAUUAGCUCUUAAAUCUAAUCUAUUCUUCACGUCAUUGCUGAUUUUAAUGAUUCUAUUAUUACCGUUAAUUAUCCCUAUUACUGACACAGACGGUUUUGGAAACAUAAUAUAUUUGGGUUCUAACUUUUAAGAUUGUGGUUGAAAAUGCUAACAGUAUGUUUAGGUCAUCUAGCAGUUCUUUAAAAGUGUUCUUUUGCAUCUUAAUAAUAAUAUAUUUUUUGUAUCAUUUGGGCUUUUAAGAAUUUAAGCAUGAGGAAAUAUCACCUUAAACGAUGAUCAUGUAAUUACUUCUGAGUUUUUCCAGGCUUCUAUUAUUACACCACUGAUAUUUAAUCUUUUGAUUUGAUGCUUGUCACUUUAGAAAGCGUCAAGGGUUUUUUUGGAAUGCACAUUACUGUAGUGUAAAGUUAUGUUUUCAGCUUGAGGAAUUUCAUUUUUUUGGAGCCAUCAAUAAUAAGGUUUCUAGAGCAGCUAAUGCUUAAAUAAUAACAGUAAAUUGUAAUAUUUAGUUAAGAAACCAGAACUUUAUACAUGUAAUUGCAAUUCUCCAGACAAGGACAUAUUUAACUGCAUCCUUUUGCUGUGUAAACAAACACUUACAAUAAUGUUAUGCGGAGACAUAAUGGUGGAUUUAUAAGUUGUGACAAGCAAUAUUAUUUGUAACUUUGGAAAGUACUGUAUUGAGAUUUUUUACUGAAAUAUUUUAACGGUAGGGCUGUCACCCAGAUUUCAUGUGGGAAAUUAAGCAGCUAGGAAGUUUGUUUCUUUGUUUUUCUUUUGUUUCCUGUGACAGUAGCCAGUAAUGCUUGUAGCCAACCCAACCCUUAGUGGCAGACCUGAAAGGGAUAACUUUACAUUUUGGUUCAAAAGCAGUGAGUGAGUAACAUAUAGAUAUGAAUGAUACUACACAAGGCUGUGCUUGAGGGAAACUUGAAAGUAGCCCAGUGCUUUGAACCUGUAAAAUCUAGGGUGCCCAGCGUGUGAUUUCUAAAAAAUAUGUAAGAUUAUGCCACUGUUAUAAUGGGAGGGUUAUGUAUAGAAUGGGAAAUCCCAGACUUGGUGAGACUGUGAAACUCUCGUUUUAAAAUCCAAGGAUGAGAGGACUUAUCCUUUUUCAUCAAAUUGCAGGCCAAGAUGUUACACUUUUUGUGAGGGAAAUCGAGCUCGAGUUACUGAAACUCUAAGAGCUGAAAAGUUUUGAAACAAAUCCUUCUUCAAAAUGUAACUAAAAUUUUGAAAGGGAUUAGAGUGUGAGCACUAUUCUAUCCUUUCAAGAUACUUGUGAAUUUAAACUUGUUGUAUUGCAAAGCUGCCUGCUGAAAUUUG